ACCCCAUCUCAAGUUGGCCAUCAGUCAGAGCGGCGGCGUGUUACGCCCACCAGCUGCAGCCAUGGCUCGAAUUCGUGCUUGCUUAGUAGUCGCCGUUGCGUCCGCGCUGGCGCCAAAGCCAGCAAGCAGGGCCGUGGACCGAAGGCAGCUUGCAAAAAGCAUAGCUGGUCUCGCUGGCGCCAUCGCGGGCGCGAGUGCGCCGCGCGCAAAUGCGGUCGUCUACUUGGACCCGGCGCGCUACGGCGACCAGGAGCUAAAAAACGCGGCCAUCGCCAAGUGCCGCACGCGCGUGCGCGACGUCAUCGCGAAGGACCCGUCGCUGGCCUGCUCCUUCUUCCUGCUGGCCCUGUUAGAUGGGUUGUCGUAUGAUGAAAAAACUAGGAGAGGCGGCCCCGACGGCAUGGUCGCGGCGUCGAUCCAAUUACCUGGAAGAGCGUACGCGGAGUUGAGAGAUGUUGUCGACCUGCUCCAGGAGUCGCAGCGGGCGUUGAAAAGGACGAACGCGCUGACGCUGGCCGACCUCAUCGCGCUGUCGGGCGCCGAGUCGCUCGCGGCCGUGGGCGGUCCCGAGAUCUCCGUGCAGCUCGGGCGCACGGACAACCCGGAAUUACUAAACUCGAUCAAAGCGGUUAGCAAGGGCGGCCUCAAGGAGGCGCAAGCUCGAGGCAUCGCGCCGGCCUUUGACGUCGAGGAGGCGGCACCCUCGGACAUCGUGAAGGCCUUCCGGCGGUCGGGCUUCACGGAGCGCGAGGCGGCGGCGCUGCUCGGCGCUUUGGCUAUCUUGCAGGGCGACGACGUCGUCAACGCCAAGGCCGUGAAGAAGGAGGACAAGGGUGCAGCGAAGGCGCGAGGCAAGAUGGGCCGCGGCGACAAGGCGUCGUCGAACUAUGCUAUCGACUUGUACGGCACGAACGAGGGCACGGAAGAGGCUUCUGUGGAUAAGUUUGAGGGCGACAUCGACGAGUUUUACAUCGCCGACGCCUUCGGCUCGCGCAAGGAAGCGUACGGGCGGCGCGUCGGCGGCGCGUCCAGCUCCGUCGACAACUUCAACCAGAUCUUCCAGGACGUCAUGGCCGACCAGAAGAAGGGCAAGAAGGGCUCGACGCCCGUCGAGUCGGCGCUGCUCCUGGACCAGAACGUCCAGAUCUGGGUGCAGAAGUACGCCGCCGAGCGCCUGACCUUCCUCAAGGACCUGGACAAGUCCUUCUACCGCAUCACGCAGGUCGGCGCGCAGUACACGGGCGGCAAGUACGCCGCAUUACUGGACAACAAGCCCGUGAAGAAGCUGUCGACGGACCGCUAGUCUCUAAGACCGGGCCUUCUA